AUGGAAGCAAGAGAAAGCUGGAGUUGGGCUAGCAACAUGUGGGAGGCUAAUCCGUUAGCUGUGAGAUGGGCUCUUGGUAUUGCAAAGACAAAUGGUUGGUCCACAGUGAGAUGUUCCAUAGGUUCAGUGAAGCUUGUUGAUGCUUUGAAUUCUGGCUUUACUUCUUCUGAUGUGACCCUAUCAAAUGCACUAUUGAGGAAAACGUCUUUUAAAUGCAUCCACAACAGCAAUGUUGGAUUCAAUGUUAAAGCCAUAUUUUGGGGUUCAAGGAAGGCGGUGGAGCCCACAAAACUGGACCUGUCCAUUGGUGACUUCAGUUUGACUGACUUUGGUUCUGAGGAUGGCAAAACUGAUUCAGGUAAAGCCAGAAAGCUAUCAGUUUGCGUGUUAUCUUCUAUCUCCAAGAUUUCUCGGGAUGAGUGGGAUGCUUGCAGUCUUGAUGCAGAAGGUCAGGAGAAAUAUAACCCAUUUCUCUCCCACGGUUUUCUUUUGAGCCUGGAGGAGUCAGGCUGUGCAGUGAAGGAAACAGGUUGGGUUCCUCAGCAUCUCAUUGCUCGGGAUGACUGUAAUAAUGUUCUUGGAGUGGUUCCUCUUUACCUAAAGAGCCAUUCUUAUGGUGAAUACGUGUUCGAUCAUUCAUGGGCUGAUGCCUAUUACAGUUAUGGGUCAAGAUAUUAUCCAAAGUUACAAUGUUGUGUGCCGUUCACUCCAGUGCCUGGCUCGAGGAUCUUAGUCCGUAAUACGGAUUACAAAGAUCAGGUCUUUGAUAUUUUAGUCUCUGCAUUGGUGGCGCUGACAAUUCAGUUUCAAGUUUCAUCUCUGCACGUCACUUUUCCCUCUGCUGGUGAGUGGGGGAAAUUGAAGGAGAAGGGUUUCCUGCAGAGAAUUGGUAUGCAGUAUCACUGGAAAAACCGUAAUUACAAAAGUUUUGAUGAAUUCUUGAUGGACAUGAAGCAAAGUAAAAGGAAAAAUAUUCGUCAAGAGCGCAAGAAGAUUUCUGUCCAGAAUUUGACCAUGCGACGCCUAAGAGGAUACGAAAUUAAGUGCAACUUUGUUUCCCUGUUGGUUGCUCAGGCUAAGCACUGGGAUACAUUCUAUAAGUUCUACAGAAAUACUACAGAUAACAAGUGGGGUAGUGCUUAUCUAACAAGGGAUUUUUUCCACAAUAUGGCUUCAAAGAUGGGUGAUAAUGUGCUUCUGGUUACUGCCCAAGAAGAGGACAAACUUGUUGCUGGUGCACUUAAUCUUAUUGGUGGAGAUACAUUAUAUGGGCGCUUAUGGGGAUGCCUUCCUGAAGCAUACUACCCAAGUCUUCACUUUGAAGCCUGCUACUACCAGGCCAUAGAAGCAGCUAUUGAACUAAAUCUCGACAAGGUAGAGGCUGGAGCCCAAGGUGAACAUAAAAUUCAGAGGGGUUAUAUGCCGGUGACGACUUACAGCAGUCACUAUAUUGUGGACGAAGGCUUCAGAAAAGUCAUCUCGGAUUACUUGGUACGAGAAAAAGCUCAGCUUGAAAUCGUGAUGAAGUUAUUACAAAAUUCUGGCCCAUUUAAGGAUAACGUGGCGUGAACUGCUGUAUGUAGAACUUAAUGUUGUGCAGAAGAAUAGAAUAACAUUCUUCACAUGUUAGUUACUGAUAGCCUUAUUUGAGGGAUUAGAGUACAAGUGAAGCAAAAUCCUUGUCUAUAAUUUACAGUACAGGCUCCCCCACUGUAGUAAUACUGUGGAUGUGGUAGAGCAGCAUUGAUGUAUGUACAUAUGUUGCAUGACCAAUUUGUAUAUAAUAUUAUUAGAUUUAUGCAUGUGUGAAAACAAAGGUGCCACAUAUUAAAAAUCUUAGGAAUAAUUAAACACUACUGCUAAGAUUUGGAAAAUGAUUACAGAAAAGAA